GCAAAAGCCGUCUUUGUACCCCGCAUCCAGUCCGAAAGUUCAUCCUACGGAUCGUCGCACGGAAAAACAGCAAAGUCUCACCUUUUCGGCUUCGCUUGCCGCACGGAGAAAACAUCGACGGCAUCGAAAAGGCUCGCUGCUCCGUCCCUACAGUAGAAUUCGAAUCGCCGCAUCGUCGUCCUCCUUUUGGCGGCAAUUCGAGGCUUCGACGCCAGCUCGACGAACCCACUUCUUGAUAUUCCAUGGUGGGGCUGCGUGCGAUCGCUUGAUGGCGAGGCCUCUGCGGGGCGCUUGUUCGCUCGGACGCUUCUUGCUCGAGCCGGAGGGCCGUUGGGGAGGGCUGGUGAGAACAACUUCUCAGUUUCGUGACUUCUCUUCCGGAGGUAGGACGAGAUCCGCCUCUGAUGGGAGGGAGUCUAAUGAGGAGAACAUGUCUAAGAAAGAUUUGGCCUUGCAACAAGCUCUGGAUCAGAUUACCUCCUCUUUUGGAAAGGGGUCAAUCAUGUGGCUUGGUCGAUGUGUCUCUCAUAGGCAAGUUCCAGUCAUUUCCACAGGCUCGUUUGCUUUGGAUAUGGCUCUUGGAAUUGGUGGACUUCCAAAGGGGCGUGUUGUAGAGAUAUUUGGUCCUGAGGCUUCAGGAAAGACAACACUUGCAUUACAUGUGAUUGCUGAAUCACAGAAGCAAGGAGGUUACUGUGUUUUUGUUGAUGCGGAGCAUGCUCUUGACCCUGCACUUGCUGAGGCUAUUGGAGUGAACACAGAGAAUUUGCUUCUGUCCCAACCAGAUUGUGGCGAGCAAGCUUUGAGUCUUGUGGACACUUUAAUAAGGAGUGGUUCUGUAGAUGUUGUUGUUGUGGACAGUGUAGCUGCACUUGUGCCAAAAGGAGAACUCGAUGGUGAAAUGGGGGAUGCUCACAUGGCAAUGCAAGCUAGGCUGAUGAGCCAGGCACUUCGGAAACUGAGUCACUCCUUAUCACUGUCACAAGCUAUAUUAAUCUUUGUAAAUCAGGUGAGAUCCAAGAUUUCGACCUUUGGAGGCUUUGGUGGACCCACUGAAGUUACCUGUGGUGGAAAUGCCUUGAAGUUUUAUGCUUCUGUGCGCCUAAACAUUAAAAGAACAGGGUUUAUCAAAAGGGGUGAAGAGACUACAGGCACACAAGUCCAGGUCAAAAUUUUGAAGAACAAGCUUGCCCCUCCAUUUAGAACGGUACAACUUGAACUGGAAUUUGGCAAGGGGAUAUCUCGGAAUUCAGAGAUCAUUGAUCUCGCUUUGAAGCACAAAUUCAUCACUAAAUCUGGGGCAACAUAUGGACUAAAUGAUCUGACUUUCCGCAACAAAGAAACUUUGAAACAGUUUUUGGACGGCAAUGAGAGCAUCCGAGAAGAACUCACAACUAAACUCAGGGAAAAGCUCGCGGCUGAGACGAUGGUUAAAGAUGCAGAAGAUGAAGGCCAAAAGCCGGAGGAAAUAGUUUCUACGGAUGAGGACUUGGCUUCUGCAGUUCAAGCCUAAUUAUGCAUGCGGUAACAUGGUAACAUAACGGUUUCUUUCCUAUGCUGUAUCUUACUGUAGAUAUUCUGCAACUUGACUGUCAAUAGCUCAAGUUAUACAUAGACAGAAUAGCAAUUCCACCUAAUAUAGUACAUGUAACCAAGCUGGUAAGGUCGUUUUUGGUAGGAACAUAGUGCAAGGGACGGAGGUCCUUACGAGGUUUCCCACAGCUGUCCCUGUUGUUUUCCCCUUCCCUCUUUUCCUUCUAGUGAGGAUGUGAAUGUUUCAAAUGUCUGGGGAGAUAUUAAUAUUCCAAAAACUCCUAGAUUCUGCAUCCAAUAUAUUGCUAGAGCUUAAAGGUUCAGGAA